AUGGCCGCCCCGGUCCUCGAUUCAACCCCCUCCACUCCGAGCUCUGCGCAGACAUUCCGCAUCCUCGUCCUCCCCGGCGACCACGUCGGGCCCGAAGUCAUGGACGAGGCCCUGCGCGUGCUGGACACCGUCGAGAUCACCUCCCAGGGCCGGCUCAAGUUCGUCUUCAACCACCAGAUCUGCGGCGGGUGCAGUAUCGACAAGCACGGCACGCCCAUCACGGACGAGGUGCUGAGGAUCGCCAAGGAGGAGAGUGAUGCCGUGUUGUUUGGCAGCGUGGGCGGACCGGAAUGGGGAACGGCCUACCCAAACCCGGAAUCUGGCCUCCUCCGCCUCCGCCAACACCUCGACGCAUUUGCCAAUAUCCGGCCGUGCACGUUCUACUCGCGCUCGCUGAUCCCGCUUUCUCCUCUCAAACCCUCUAUCGCCGAGGGCACAAACUUCAUCCUGCUCCGCGAGAACUGCGGCGGCGCCUAUUUUGGCCCCAAAGUCGAAGAGGCCGACUUCGCCAGCGACUCGUGGGCCUAUGGAAGGCCUGAAAUCGAACGGUGUGCCCGGGUGGCGGCGGCCCUCGCGACGACCAUGGGGAAGGACGGCAAAGGCACGGGAAACUGCCCCGAGGGACCUGCGACCGUGUGGUCCAGCGACAAAGCCAACGUGCUUGCGUCGGGUCGUCUGUGGCGAAAAGUCACCUCGGAGGUUUUUGCCAAGGAGUUUCCUCACAUCGAGCUCAAGCAUCAAUUGGCAGAUAGCUUGUCGAUGCUGAUGGUCAAAAACCCCAGGAUGUUCAACGGCGUCAUCCACACCGACAACACCUUUGGGGACAUGCUGUCUGACCAAGCCGGCGGCGUGGUCGGCACGCUGGGCGUGUUGCCCAGUGCCAGUCUCUCUGGCAUUCCGGACGGGAAGACCCGAUGUAACGGGAUUUACGAGCCGGUGCAUGGAUCGGCGCCAGACAUCGCCGGAAAGGGCAUCGUGAACCCCGUCGCGCAAAUCCUCUCGGCGGCCAUGAUGCUGCGGUAUUCCUUCAACCUGGCCGUCGAGGCCGCCGCCAUCGAGGCCGCGGUGGAAAAGGUCCUCGAUGGGAAGGACAUUGGCGGCCUCGAGAUUCGGAGCGGGGAUCUGGGCGGAAAGGCCACGACCAAGGAGAUAGGCGAUGCGGUGUGCUCGGUCCUCGAAGAGAUCUUGAUGGGCAACGCCACGGGCAUCCGGGGAAAAGCGAACGGUGAAGCGGCGAGCGCUGCAGCCGGGCAGACAACCACCCUGGCGACACAUGCGAAGGACAAUAAGAAAUGGGAAGAAAAACUGGAGAAGGAGGGUGUUCCGACCGGGCCCAGGGAGGCUUUGGCUUUGUGA